AUGGAUACAUCAAUAGCAAUAAAAGGAAGGAACUUUGCAGUCAUAGCUACAGACAUGAAGGUUGCAAGGUCUGUGUUUGUUGUUAAGGAGUCGCAGGACAAGUUCGUCAGUAUCAAAGACAAAGUUGUAAUGUCUGCCACAGGAGACCAGGGAGAUGCAUUCAGGGCAAUGCUGUCUGUUUCUGAAAAGGCUCUCUUUGAAAACAUACAGAACGGGAUCGAGCCAAGUCCUAGCGUUGUUGCUCAUAUAAUGCAGAACAGAAUUCACGAAAACUCCCGAAAAGCGCCUCUCAAUGUAUCGACCAUGAUUGCAGGGAAAGGCUCUGAUGGAUACGAGCUAUGGGCAGUCGAUAAGUACGGAGCAAUGUCAUCUGUGCCUUUCUGUGCCAAUGGAUAUGCAAUGUAUCUCGCAUAUGGUAUAUUUGAUAAAGAGUACUCGGAAUCCCUGGAUAUCGAAAGCGCGCUAGAAAUCAUUCAAAAAUGUAUCAAUUUAAUGAGAGAAAGACUCAUGAUCAGCUUGGAAAGCUUCAUGGUCAAAAUAGUCACUGACAAUGGAAUAAUCACCAAAACCUUGCAUCCUCAAAUAAAAAGCAAUUAG